GUAGACAAGCAUCUCUCGUAUUCAUGAACCUUCAGAAGCCUACGGCAUGUCAGCUUGGUGUGCACUUUCCUAUUGUUAGCCAUGCUGCUUAAAAGUCUAUUUAGCCAGUUUGAUGAAUUAUGUUAUGUGGUGUUACCAGGGAAGUUUGUUAUGAUGCCUCCAAGGGAAUUGUAUGCAGAUGGUAGUAGACACAUGGAGACCAGGAGCCUUUACAGCAUGUGACUGGCUUUCCUUGACAUUAGAAUGAAUGAGAAUGGGGGAAAUGAUUUGCCAUUCCAGCUGCAGUCAGACAGCAAGAAGCAGCACAUGGCUUCGUCUGGCUGUACUGACCGUAGACCAGAGAAGCCCCCAGAGAGACCCAUGCAGAUAGACCAAAAACAUCUCACCGACUCAGUAGAAUCAGCCCAGCAUGAGCGAAAGCAAGAAGACAUGCUGAAUACUUUUGAUCCAAAGCCACCUGCGCAGGCCAGGCCAUCUUCUGUGACCGUUCCCUUUGAGCGUGUCAGAGGGAGGCGGUUGAAGACGAGUCAGGAGAGCUUGACCGACUCUGCUGCCCCGAUAGCUACCUUUAAAGGCUCCCUUAAAGAGGGCCUUACUGAUCGUUCCUCCUCGGUUGAUGUCCCCACCGUGCUGACCAACGGACCAAGCCAUGAAGGCCAGCUGGAGCAAGUGGUCUCUCCAUUGUCUCCAUUCCGUGACCGCUGCCAUAGUUUGCCUGUGAGCCAGAGGAAGCACCGGUCCAUGGGCGACCAGCACUUCAGACAUUCAAGAAUAAUUCUGUCCCCUCUGCAGCCCAGUAAAAUGCUUCCAAGCCUGGAGUGUAAUAUGGCGUCUAUGUCUUUAAGGACGGCUAAUCAGAUUGACAGGGAUUGCGUGGAUUACAAAGGACUGGAUAGGCUGCACAGGAACUUUAGUGAUAGCCGGCUACUGGAGACCAUGGUGUCCGACAACUCGUCCGUCAAUUCCAUGAAGUCUAACUUCAGUGUGCUGAACCCCAUCACACCCAAGGAUGUGAGGAACAGGAGCUUUCUGGAGGGCAGUGUUCUGGGGCAUGGGGCUCUCCUGGGAGCAGAGGAGCUGGACCGCUACUUUCCCGAGAGGCAUGUGGGCAUCUACAUCGCUACAUGGAACAUGCAGGGAGAGAAGGGACUUCCAAACAACCUGGAUGAUCUGUUGCUACCGACGGACACAGAAUUUGCACAGGAUUUCUACAUCAUUGGUAUUCAAGAGGGGUGUCCUGAUAGAAGAGAGUGGGAAAUUCGUCUUCAGGAAACCCUCGGACCUUAUUAUGUUAUGCUCUACGCAGCUGCUCACGGUGUUCUCUAUCUUACUGUGUUUGUGCGAAGGGAUCUUAUCUGGUUCUGCUCAGAGGUGGAGCAUGCCACAGUAACAACGCGCAUCAUAUCUCAGAUUAAGACCAAAGGAGCUGUGGGUAUUGGCUUCACUUUCUUUGGAACCUCAUUUCUCUUCAUUACGUCCCACUUUACUUCGGGAGAUUCCAAAGUUUAUGAGCGGAUACUUGACUACAACAAGAUUAUUGAAGCCUUGGCUCUUCCAAAAGUCUUGCCAGACACUAAUCCAUAUCGCUCUGUUUCCUCGGAUGUGACAACACGGUUCGAUGAGGUGUUUUGGUUUGGGGAUUUUAACUUCCGUCUAAAUAAAGACCGGUACGGAGUGGAAGCCGUCUUGAAACAGAACGCUGGUCAAACCAUGGAGUUUCUUCUACAGCACGACCAGCUUCUCAAAGAGAUGAACGAUGGGACCAUCUUUAAAGGCUUCCAAGAGGCGCCUAUCCAUUUUCUGCCCACGUACAAGUUUGACAUCGGUUGUGACAUUUAUGACAGCACCUCAAAACAACGGACACCCUCCUACACGGACCGGAUAAUAUUCCGUAGUAGGCAAAAUGAUGACAUUAAAGUAGUCAGGUAUACUGCCUGUGCAUCUAUCAAGACCUCGGACCACCGACCAGUGAUCGGGAUGUUCCAGGUCAAGGUUCGUCCUGGCAGAGACAACAUCCCACUGGGGGCAGGGCAGUUUGACAGAAACUUGUACCUGGAGGGCAUCCGAAGAAGGAUAUCCCGGGAACUGCAGAGGCAGGAGGCCAUGAAAAACCAACACAACAGCACUGUCUGUAGUAUUUCCUGAAAAAGCUCCAGGUGCUCCUAUAUGGACCUUAGACCAAGCAAUUUAUACACAGGGGGAAGGACUCUUCUGCUGGUCAGUCUUAUGGAGUGGGACGUCUGAGCGUCUGGCCUCCAGGGUACCUGAAAGAGGCUGAAGGAGAGGCAGAAGGACGGCUUCAGAGUCUAGCGCAGAUGCACUGCUGUGAAAAUGACGUGCUCUGUGGUUACUUCAAAGUUAACAAAGAGUUUUGAUCAUUUUCAAAACUUACUUGUGGUACUCAUUAAGAAGGAACAUUGUCUUACAUAUCUAUUUACAUAUCUAUGUGCACACACAGAGUCUCUUAUAUAUAUACUUGCCUGUUUUAUACAGUUGACUUUGAUGUCACACAGACACAUAACAUUUUUCUUUAAAUUUUAAAGCAGCUUUGUAUGGCCUUAACAUCUUUUAAAAACAACUUUGAGUUUAAACAUAUGUUGUGGCAAGAUCUAUGCCAUGUCAUCACUCACAGGAUAAUUAUGGUGAGUUCAACCCAUAUCUUUUAAAAGAAAACAUAUUUGUAUUCAAAAAAUGUACUUAAUAAUUAAUAAUCCAAUAAUUCAAACAUGAAAAUAGUGCUGUGCUGUACAUGGACUUAAUCAGAGCAAAUAGCAAACAUGUUAAUGAUGGGUAAGUGCACUUUUCAAAGCCAAAAACUUUGAUGGUUAUAAAUGCAAUGAAAUCUUCUAAUAGAAUGUCAGAUUUACUCUACUGUUCUACUUCUCUACAUAGGCCUACUACUACAGCCAUUAUUUACAGGCAACGUCCAAGAAAAUGUCACAAGAUGUUUCAGAUAUUUUCUAAGGGAACUCACAAUAAAACCCAGAGAGGCCUGAGGUAUACAUACACAUAUAAAAACAUAUGUUUACAUAAUUUAUCAUGCUUCCAGGAGAUUGCAUUAAAGACUUGAUGCAGCUACAUGUUUGUUGGUGUUCUAGCCACAUGUAAGAUGAUUAGUCCUCUGCUAAAUUCAAAAGAAAUGUCAGGAGUUUGCAACAUUGAAUAAUAGUCAGACAUAAAGUGCAAUAUAUUUGUCUUUUUGUAUUUUUUUUGUAGUUUUUGAAGGUAUAGACAAGUUCCCCCAUUAAAGUUAAUAUAAAACCUUACAAGAGGCCAGCAAGAAAAAGAAAGUUUGCAUUCCACUCUUACCGAGUUUUAGUCAUCAAUGUCUAUCGGUAUCUAUUGGUGUAAGAGGUUUCAGUAUUUAAAAGCAAUCUUUGAUUCUAAGGUUUUAAAAGGCCAUCUACUUAAAUAAAUGGGUAAUCUCAAUAAACAUCCAUUUAUUAGAGCCCAUGUAAUGAUGAAGUCUUUGAGAAACAAUGCUUAGAUACUGAAUACAUAUGAGCUUCAACAUGUUACAGUACUGUAUCAAUGAUGAAGAAAUGUGUUUGGGCGAAGGCACAAUUGUGAACCUUCAAGGGAGAAAUGAAUCGCCUUAAAUCAUUCUGUAGCUCUCAGUAAUUCAUGUUUUAACGUUGAUCGUCCCUCUUUUCUUCUCUCUUAAGAGCCAACCAUAGAUCAUCAUUGAUGAUGCUCCAAGUUAUUCUAUGGUUUUCGUACUAAGUUUGUUUAUACACUGUAACAUGAUGAUCCUUAUUUAAAUAAAUGUUUUACAUGGAAAUAUU